UUGUACAACUGUUAGGUUUGCUUAUUUUUUUCGGUUAGCCUGUCAAAAUUUGAUUUAGCUUUAUAAAUAUUGACGCUUCCUCAACAGAAUCGCACCUGACAAUGUCAAAAUAUUGCUAUGGCGAUCUUAUACUGGAGGCGUUCAAAGAGUUCCGACGCCCCAUGACAAUGACCGAGGUAAUUGAAUAUGUGGCCGAAAUGACAGUCAAGUCAACUGUUGAGGUGCGUCUGGCUGUCGAUAAUACAUUGACAGCUGCCUGGCUGCAUGGAUUUGUCAAUCGUGACAAUGAGCUCUAUACACUCGCCACGGAGCACGAGUUUUCCGAGCUGCUUAUGGAGCGUAAACGCUCGAGCUGGAAACCCAACAACAGGCAACAACAGCAACAGCAACAGCAGCAAAAAUAUUGGUAGCAAGCAGGCGUUGUAAUUUAUAAAUUGUUAAACAUUUGUUGGAGCACAUAGGACUGAAAGUCAUGUCGGUGGAAAACGUUAUCAACCAUCUGCACUAUGGCGAUCAAAUACUUUCGGCCUUUAUGGAAAUGCAGCGUCCACUUUCGCUUACGGAGAUCGUUGACUAUGUUGCCAAUGCCACGAAUAUGUCGCCACACGAGAUAAGACCGCAGGUCACCAGCACUUUGGCCCUGGCCUGCCUACAUGACUUUGUCCAGCGCAACGAAGGCAGAUAUACCCUGGCUAGUGGACUCUCCGAGCUCAAUCAUCAGCGAACUGCCUAAGCGAUCUUCAAUAGCCAGCAACUCAAUUCGAAAUCUUUUGUGCAACAGUUUCAAAGCUUAGCUCAGCUGUAAUAAAUGCUUAAAAUGCUUUAAA